CGGGCGGGAGGAGGCGCCAUGCUGAGCCGGCUUCAGGAGCUGCGCAAGGAGGAGGAGACGCUGCUCCGGUUGAAGGCGGCCCUGCACGAUCAGCUGAACCGGCUCAAGGUUGAAGAACUAGCCCUCCAAUCAAUGAUUAGUUCUAGGAGAGGGGAUGAGACGCUAUCUUCUCAACCUGCACCUGAACAGUCAAAUGAUAUGUUGGUGCAUGUAGACAACGAAGCAUCAAUCAACCAAACUGCACUGGAGUUGAGCACAAGGAGCCAUGUGCCCGAAGAGGAGGAGGAGGAGGAGGAAGAAGAAUCAGAUUCCUGAAGCAGGGUGAGAUGCACGUCUGAACAGACAGGCGUGGGCAAGAGGCCCGGAAACGACACGGCACACCACUGGGCAGGCGACUCACUCUUCGCCGCUUCCCACGUCCUUAGACGCCGGCUGCGUGGGUCGGUGUGCUGGGCUGGUUAAGGCCAAUGGUGGAGCAGAGCCAACCUGCAAAAUCCACUUCCUCCCCGUCCGAUCUCUUGAUAAAGGCAUGAACCUGUGUGCAGGGAAACAGAGUAAGUGGUGGUAAAAAACCGAAAGGAGAGGUCGAGAGUCCUGGGUCUAGAGCUUCUCUUGGAAGGAGCUCCCGGAGCCCGUCCUGGGCCAGCAGCUGCCGCAAGAGCCUGCUCUGCUCGUCUCAUCAGCUGAGGCCACAGCCCCCACGCACCGCCCUGAGCCUGCGCUCCCUCCCUGGGGCCUGGGCACGGGAGCUCUGCCCUCCGCUCGGCCCUUACACUGCCCGGCAGCCGAGGCGGAGCAGGGAAUGGGCUCAGGGAGUACCGGGCAGGCAGACUGACAGAGGACAAAUGAAUAAACAGGACGUGUACAAAUUGGAAAUCAGUGGACUUACCAUGAGUUGCUUCAGAUCUGCUCUCUCUGCUGGGUUUUUUAUUAAGCUGAAAGAAAAAGAUAAUGUGAGAGAGCUUGCCUGGUGCUGGUUUGCCCUCCAAUUACUUGCACUUACGUGCCUGUCCCCCCACCGCCCGCAGGUUCUGAGGAGUGCCUGAGCCUUCUCGACCUUCCUGUCCUGGCAGAGCGGCCCGCCCGCAGGUGAACAAAUGCCUGCAGAAUCAAACGAAGACCAAAAGGCACCAUGCCAAGCCCGGCAGAGAGGUGCCGAAAGCCGCAGCUUCACCCACUGCCAUAGUCCGACCAGUCCCCGAAGCCGUGGCACUCUGGAAGUGCAGGAAGAAGGGCAGAGCUCUGCUCCCCAAGACUGGGCGGGGAGGCUGACAAAAGCAGCGUACUCUUCCAGAGGGCAAGGAGCGGACUUACCACUUAUUCACAAAAUCUUGAAAUUCCAGACUGAAUACUCCACUGGGCAGUUUUGGAGGAGGCUGCAAAUACAUGUCAGGACCUAAGAAAGGCGUGCUUCCUUCUCCACCCGUAUUCCCCACAGACCUCCCCCCCUGCAGACCUCAGCGCGGCGCUGCCCUUACGCAGCCACGGGGAGGCAGGCCCGGGAGGCCAGGCGGAAGCUCUGGUCUCACGACGUACACUCAGAACUGGGGCCCAGUUAGCGUUCUGCCACUCACUGGCCUAGUGACG